CCCCACUUCCCCACUCCCCAUACGAGUAAACACCGAUUCUUCAAUCUCCUCAUCUAUCACCUAACUUUCCUCUUACUCCUCCAAACCCUACAAUGGCGCCCAAAUCGGACACCCAAAGCACCCAAUCAGAUCAAUUCAUGGACUACUCCAUAGACCCAAUUUUCCACAUUAUCAAACGCCUUCCCUUCUCCUUCCUCCGGCCUCCACGCCUCCGCCUCAGGUUACCAACCAUAACCCUCCCCUCGUCAAUGACCGUCUACGCCCUUCUCCUCCUCACCUACUUCAUGGUCGUCUCAGGCUUCGUCUACGACGUUAUUGUCGAGCCUCCCGGAAUCGGGUCCACACAGGACCGUGUCACCGGCGCCGUCAAACCCGUCGUUUUUCUACCGGGUCGGGUCAAUGGGCAAUACAUCAUUGAAGGGCUCUCUUCUGGGUUCAUGUUUGUUCUUGGUGGAAUUGGAAUUGUGCUUAUGGAUCUUGCACUUGAUAAGAACAGAGCCAAGAGUGUUAAGGUGUCCUUCGCUUCUGCUGGGGUGGCUUUUGUUGUGAUUUCUUAUGUGAUGAGUAUGCUCUUUAUUCGCAUUAAGAUCCCGGCUUAUAUGAGUUGAAUUCUGUCCAAACUAUGGCUUAACUGAAGCUUUGGAGUUUUUUUAUGGACUGGUUUUUUUGUAUGGAAUUGUGGAUCUUAUGAUAAAAUAGAACAUAGAUUAACGUUAUGAGUCUUUGCUUGAUGCUAUAAUUUCGUUGACAUGAGCUGUUUUUUUUUUUUUUUUAAUCUUUUGUGACGCGAAUGCUUUUAAUACUUAUCAAGAUCCUGGCAUAUUUUGAUCUAUUGCAAUGAAAUUGUGGUUUUAUUUGGUG